CGUAUAUAUAUAUAUAUCUUUUUCAGGAAUCGUACUUAUACGACUGGCCCGCCCCAUACACAACGAAAUCUCCUUGCGAAAUAUCAUCACCCGAUCCCCCAAUACAGCUUGUUUCUACGAGUUCUUGGAGCAUGAUCACAGACACAGACGCAAACGAAGCACUUGUUGCUCUUUUCUUUCCCCUAUUCCUUUUCUCUUUUGUCAUGUCGCCUUCCAAUGACAGCGAUGCCCAAACACUCCCCGUUCGAAAGCUUGGUAUACAGAGCCAAUCCUGGAACACGCAGAGCGACCUCAACAGCAGUCGCCAGGCGCUUCAGACUGAGAUCUAUGGCAAAAUUAUCCGAAACGACGCCAACGUAUUCCGUCGCCUACGUGUACAUGAUGUUUCGGAUGCCUUCGUGGAUGCCUGUGCUGCCUGCCUCUGCGAAGACAAUGCUGCCGCGAUCGCCAAACUCAAGGAGCUUGAGCGGAACGCCACUGUGACGAGGAAGGCUGAUAAUGACGGGACGGGUAGAAAAGAGACUGAGAUGUACGGUCCCAUACGCACGAUUCUGGACUACAUCCGGAACUUCAAAGAGCCGACUGAUGACCCGCCAAACGUACCCGCGUCCUCCGAGUCGACAAAACCUCGUGUCUUUUUGAGUGGUUUGAAACUCAAGGGAGACGAGACGAUCCACGACUUUCACUUUCCGGGGGAGAUCCCAGACUUGACGGCGCUCGCUGACGGCGAUGAUAUUGGUUACACCCAAAGCUUAUGGAGGGUCAGAGAUUGGUUUCUCGAAAUCAAGGCCACACGAGCGCAGUCCGGAUCCGGGAUCACAGAACCGUCCUCUACAAACAUCCUCGUUCAGUGCACCGACUAUGCACGCCUUCAUUUGUCCGCGCGGCCGUUCUUCCUUUUCUCCGUGGGCGUCACCUACGCGGGAUCCGAGGUCUGCGCUCUCAUUUUCGAUCGUGAUGGCGCGACCGUUUCGCCUCCUCUUUUGUUAUGGGAUGCAUCGAACGAUACAAUCAAUAUGGACGCCGUCAAACACUUCAUUCGCCUCAUUCGCAGUCUUACGUGCAUCUGUUCCCUCCAAGACCUCGGCCAGGAUCCUACCGUCACAUUGCUUCAGGACGGUCCAGUCGGAGAAGAGAUCAGGCUCUCUAUAACUCAGGCACUUGGUGCGGAGGUCAGCCGGUGGGAAUCUUCCAUCGAAAUGCUCCAGCAAAACCGUCAUAAUCUUCAACCAGGCAACGACGAGAAACGGAAGCAGCUCGAUGGAGAACUGAAGAACGCCAGAAAGCAACUGAGGCUCGCGAAGGACGAUAUGUGCCAACCGAUGUACCCAUCUUUCGUGACCUCACUCGGCGGUCGAGAUUCGCGUCGCUGGUGCACGAUCGGUGCUCCCAUCUGGAGCUCUUUGUCCUUCAUUGGACGUGGAACUAGUGCAUGGCGCGUUAGGGAGUACAAGGACGGGGCUCUAGUCGGCCCUGAGUUAGUCAUGAAGAACGCUUGGAGGACUUUGAACCGAGCUAGCGAGACCUCCAUCUACGAUCGCGUCCAAGGAACUCAUCCUGGACUCUCAGUCUUCCACACUGGCAGUGAUGUGUACUAUCCUCGACCCAUAGACGACCCUACGAAGGUUGCGAUCACGGUAUACGGUCCACGUGGUACCGAUGUUGCGUCAGGCGGGAGGGACUUAUGUCUACACCGUAUUUUCCUCGCGACUGUCGGUCGCGCUUUGUGGAAGUACGGGUCAGAUUUACAGCUUGUAAUGGGUCUUCGUUCUGCAGUGGAAGCGCACAAGUUCUUGUCCGACCAGGGCAUACUUCAUCGUGACAUCUCAGCGGGAAAUAUCUUGCUAUUCGAAUCCUGGCCAUCGCUAACGGGGCACGCAGGAUUCUUGACCGACCUGGAGCUCGCACACAUCAGCAAGAAUGCAACAGUCGAGAAAAUAUGGAAGGACGUUAUAGCCGUUCCACCACAGCCGAUCACUGGUGCGCAUUCGGGCAGGUGCACGACACCUUCGGAAAGAAAACAUUGGGUGUUCAGCACGAACACCGUCGAGCACAAGGACGCUAUGACGGGUACGGCACAAUUCAUGGCGGUCGACGUGCUCACAGCAGGCAUGCUGGGCAAGCAGAUCAGCCAGCAACCUCACCACGAUCUUGAAUCCGUUCUGUGGGUCCUCGGGUAUUGCGUUAUCAGACAUACCAACAGCGUCAUCGCUACAGACAGCAGCAUUGAGAAGACAACACUCAAGGCGUGGUCCACAUUGUGCAGGGACGCUUUCGGGCAUAACACUCUUGCCCGCAUACAGAAGUCUCGAAAGGACAAGACACCGCUUCUGUUCCACGAAGACACGCAAUGUCCCUUGGACUUACUGCCCGUUCUCGAGCGCCACAUCUCAAGCGAGAUGCGAGAAUUAUUGAGCGCAGCUGCGGAGCUCGUUGGGGACCAAUUGAUAGCUUACUCUCAUGGGAAAAGGAGGGAACCGGCUCUUCUGACAUAUGCCUCGGUCCUCAAAAUAUUCGACGAUGCGGUCGCACAGAUGAAACUGGCCGCGGGUAGCAAGUCUUUAACUGCUAAGAUUGGGAUUUCUUCCUUCUGCCAGUGUCCCAGCUCGACUGUAUCCACCAUAUUCGAGAUCAUGAGUUCAAGCCUGAACUACUGCGGCUCUGGAAACCAGGGCAUUUCUCAUCGCCUUUUCACACUCUGCGAGCUUCUUCAAGGCUAUUCGACCGCGGACCUCAUCUCCCACUGCCCCGAAUGCAACUUCUUCUACAUCACCUGCUGCCAACACAAAAACAUCAUCCAGUCCUGUAGGAAACCCUGCCACCACUUCCGUCUUGUAUUUACCGAUGGUGCAUCCUUCAAUAACGGUCGUGAUGGACCUCAGACUGGUAUCGGAGGUGCGAUGGGAUCAGAAGAGAACUCAGGCGUGCAGCAGUGGUCUGUUCCGAUCGAUGAGGCGAUCGAUCCGUUGCCCGACGUGAAGAGGACAAGUCAGAGGGCGGAGUUAUUAGCUGCCUUAGAAGGUUUACGAAGGUUGAGCGGCCUGGAUGAGGUGUGUCAUACGAAGUAUAGGAUGAAGCACGAGGCAAUGCUUCAGAAGGAGACGAAGCAAUGGAUCAUCGCGACUGAUUCGGAGCAUGUGGUGAAGUGCAUGACGGAGCUGCUGCCAGGCUGGAAGAUGAAUGGGUGGAAGAACAGUAAAGGAAGCCGACCUGCGAACCUCGACCUGUUUCAGGCUCUGGAUGCUGCUGUCCAUCUGGAAGAGCAGAAACAGCCGGUAUGCGUCGGUUUUUGGCUCAUUCCCAGACAGAACAAUGUUGUCGCCAAUCGUCUAGCAAAACGCGCCGCUCAAGCGACGAGACCUGUCGUAUCGUAGCUUGCGUGUUGCGUCAUCCUGGGAUUCUUGCUGCCUGUUUCUUCUUGGCUUUCUUUCCUCCACUACUCCGAUGUACCAACCAAACUCGGGCGACAACGGCGAAUCUGCAGAGGUUGGGUGUGGCGUCUUCAACCGUCGCGUCUACUUCUGCGCCAAACAACAAGCAUUCGAUACCGCCGACCUCAUCGAGCAAUGCUAUAAAUGUGACAGAUUAUAUCCUAUGUGCUGUGCUCACGUCUUCAAUCAAGUCGACGUCUGUCACUCCACUCCCCUCAUCUUCACCGACGGCGCAUGUCUUGCGAACGGUCACCGCAACGCUCAGGCAGGAAUAGGUGUCGCGGUUGGAAUGUGCGAAAAGGAUCAAAUGGCUGCUCCGGUAGACGACCGCAUGGAUGGAGUAGGGAAGCAUACAAAUCAGAGGGCGGAAUUGCUGGCGGCGCUGGAAGGCUUGAAGAUGAUGAGCCGAAUUACCCCUAUAGACGAUGAUGAAGCCCAGAGGUUGAGGGAUCAGGCAGAUCGAGGAGAGUUCGUCAUUCUCGCUCAGACCGCAAUUGUCAUGUCUCUGAGGAACGGUUGGACAACAUUCCAGGGCACGGUACCGUCCAACCUGGACCUGUUCCGCCAACUUGAAGCAGUCACCGAGAUUGAAGAGACUCGAGCAAUAUCCGUGGGAUUCUGGCAUGUGCCAAGGGUGCUCAACACUGUCGCCGACUCGCUUGGCUUCAAGAGCUUGUCCUCUCCGUUAAUCUCACGCCCUUCAGAAGAGUCCACUCAAUUCUCCUCUGCUACUCUGGCUUUACUCGCUGAUUAUGGGAUCCUGCGGCUGUGGCGUGUGGCGUGUGGCACUGUGACUAGUGGGCCUGAGUGCGAUGCAGUGUUUCCGACUUUAUAUCGUGUGAUUUUUGCUCUCCACCUUCUCCCCACAAUCGGUACCGUCUCGAGGAUCUUCAACCAGCAACCUAGUCUCGGACUGACCAUGAAUUCCCCAUUUUCCACGAAGUGUCCACCGGAAAUUCUAGUCGAAUGCUUCAUAUACUGCGUUCACCCAGACACCCCAGACGUAGACCCUGAUUCCGCUCCGAUUCUUCUCACCCACAUAUGUCGUCGUUGGCGCGAGAUUGCCCUCCAGACCCCUCUGCUAUGGUCGCGUCUUCGGCUUGAUCAAUUACUACGACCCGCAUUGGUCCCUUUUGGACGUCACCUUCAGCGCUCGAAUGGCAUGCAGCUUACAUGUCUGCUCCGAGACUCGAAUCAAGCUGGUGGUGGGCAGUAUGACCCCUUCCUUCUUCGUCUACUCGAGGAACAUGACAGAUGGUACGACAUAGCGCUCGCUGGACCGUUCAGGCAGAGCAAUGUCUACCUUUCGGCCCCCGAAAUCGCCUUUCCGCGACUUCAUAGCCUCCAGCUUCUGGACUGGCCGAAUGAUGCCAGUACCUCGCUACGUCACAUUUUUAAGAACUCGCCGAACCUACGUCGCCUCGCCCUCAAGGUUCCCUAUAUAUACGACUGUCUCAAACUCAUGCCAUCACACUCUCAGUUAACGACCCUCAAGAUUUGGAAGACGUCUAGCCUAUCCCUCGAAUGGAGACAGGAAGAACACGAACUCCAACUCUACUAUGUCCUCUCGCAAUGCACAUCCCUAGAAUCACUCACGAUCGGCACAUUUGCAUACUCGCAGAUCGUGUUAGAGCCCGGAGGAUUCGUCGAGCAACAUAUCGAACGACCACUUAUCCUUUCGACCCUUCGCUUCUUCUCAUUCCCAAUCGCCGACCUCGACCUUCCUUCGAUUUACCUCCGCGCAUUCACUUUUCCUAACCUUUCCGAGCUCGAGAUCUCUUCUACAUGCAGACUCAACCUCGGAUUUGCCUCACACCGCGCGGACCUGAUGGAUUUCGUGCGGCGGCAUGGGGCGUUUGGGACCGUCCGCAAGUUGACGCUAGGACUACCCCCGUCUGCGGAGCUGGACUUUAGGUUAGAGAUCGCGGAGCAUUUCCCGAGUGUGGUGGAGAUAGAUCUGGCGGAGCCAGAGCCAUAUCUGACGCCUUGGGAAGGCUUUCACGACGGAGUCGUUCGCUUCCCGUUUGGAAGGUGGAGUCAGGAUACCAGUAAUGAUUGGGCGGAUUUCGUGGAGAGACGGUGGGCAGGUUCUGUAGGUGCUAUCGUUGGACCGAUGGGUGAGGAUGAAUCGAAAGCGGUUGAGCGGUUGAAGUGUCUUCGGAUGGGAGUCGAUGCGUACGCGUGCUUACAGUUGGUUAAUGAGAUCGCUUUGGAAAGGAUAAAACGAUGUGUGGAGGAGGGAUUCGUCUUGGAACCUGUUCAUUCGCGUCGCUGGUCGCUUGGAAGGUGGUAG